AAACUUAACAAAUCAACUAAAUAAACUUCAAACCCUCCAUUUUAUAAAAAUCAAAUGGGCAAAGAAGUAGCAGGACGUAUUUUUAUAGGAAAUCUUGAGAGAAAUGUAGAUGAAGAAAAGCUUACUGAUGUUUUUUCCAUUUAUGGAAAAGUUGUCGAUGUGGAAAUAUUAAGAAGUAGAGAAACCAAGGAAUCGAGAGGUUUUGGCUUUUUAACCUUUGAAACUAAUUUAGCAGCAGAAACAGCUAUUAAAAAACAUACUGGAAAGAUGCUGAAUGGCAGAGCAAUUAGAUUGGCAACAGCUAUUAAGCGUAGAGAUGAUGAUGAUGACAAGAAUUCCCCAGGAAACAAGAGGGGUAACAGGAAAUCAUCAAACAGAAGAUCAAAUGAAAGAAGGAGAAGCAGAAGUAGAGAUAACUAUAGAAGGGGAGGAUAUGAUGAUAGCCCUCCAAGAAAUAGGAGGAAUCGGAGAGAUGAUAGAGAUGACUUUGCUGACAAUAAUAGGAUGCCUACUGGCUUGAGAGAUAUUAACGAUUUUCUCUCCAAAUCCAACAUUCCCAGUUUAUUGGGGCAAAACAGCAAUAAUCCUGCCACCCUAUUAGCAGCCAUGCUUAGCAAUAAAGCUAACCCAGGUAACCUGAAUGCUGGUAAUCCCAUGCAAAUGCUCCAGAAUUUACUUGCAUCUAACAAUCUCCUUAACCUUAAUAGUGGAGCAUUGUUAUCCAAUACUGCUGGUGUUAAUUCCUUGUUGGGAGGAGGGGGUAUGGCAGCAAACAGUAACCCAAAUGCCAUGCUGAGUAACAUUGUAUCUAUGUUGAGUAUGGGGACUGGAGCAAAUAAUCCUGCUAACCUUGGAAUGAUGAAUAAAGCCAAUACUGGUAAUAAUUUUGCAAGCUUUACAGGACUUAGUAGUAAUCAAGGCAUGUCAGGACUUACUGGUAAUCAAGGCAUGAAUAUGGGUGCAGGAGGGGGUAUGCUUGGCCCUGCCCCAAGCAAUACCAUGAUGGGGGGAGGUGGUAUGAUGGGAGGCUAUGACAUGAAUGGUGGAUCAUCUAUGAUGAAUAAAAGCAAUGGUGGUAAUAAUUUUGCAAGCUAUGCAGCACUUAAUGGUAACCAAGGCAUGAAUAUGGGUUCAGGAGGAGGUAUGCUUGGCUCUGCCCCUAACAACAUGAUGGGUGGAGGUGGUAUGAUGAUGGGAAACGAUAAUUUUAAUGAUCUAGAAUAUGAUUCGUUUAGUUAUCGUAGAGAUGCAGCAACGAAAAGAGGUUAUCUAUAAACUUAAUUAUGAUUUUUCUGAUAGACGUUUUAGUCCUGACAGAAGGGAUAAUAGAAGACGAUAAUUUUAUAAAUUCAUGUUAUAUAUUUAUUAUUUUAAAUAUCCUCUGUAUUUUUUAUAUUAUAUACAAAACUAUAAUUUUGGGUAUAGUAAUAUUUGUAAAUAUAUUCUAUUUUAUAUUGUAUAUUAUUUAAAUAAAAUAUUUUUAUCAUUUAA